UACAAAGAGACAACUGCCCGCUCGACCAGUAACCAGUAUAUACACACUAGGUGACGAGACACUGCUUCACUUUUGUCUCCAGCACGCGCCCCUCCAACCACCGGCUAGUCAAUAAGACAGCCCAGCCUCACACGGGUAACCGGGCAGAAUUGACGAGGCUUCCAUUACCCAAUCUGAUGUAUGAUCAUUCUCAUCUUGGCUCUAUUGUGUACAUCCGUGUUCGCACUCAGCUCAGGAAAGGAAUCUGAAUUUUAAUUUGAAAUUCAACGGAUGGGGAAAUUUGGAUGUUAAUACAUGGCAGCUGCUUGUUCUAAGAUGAGGCUGUGACAGAGACAAAUUAUUCCAGCUCGGGUGAACAGACCUGGAAUUGCCUUUCUGUGUUUUCACCUAGCUCCUUAUCAAGGAAAACAGGACUGAGGCUUCAUUAAAUGCGUGAACGGAUGGGCUUUGGGAAGCGAGGUAGUCUUGACCCGGUUGAAGUAGAGAGUGCACAUCUUAGCCUAGCCUAUCUGCAGUAACAUUGCCGUCUGCUUCCUUCCGUCUGCUAGUCCUGCUAUCAAGCGGCUAGCUGCUACAGCAUACUCACCUCUGUCCUGUGGCCGGCAGAGUUCAGACUGUGACAUCAUUGCUCAGUGACAGAAUAUCAUAUCUAUCGAUGGUGCCGUGUCUUUGUUGCGUGGAUUAACAGCAUGGCCUGGUCGUAAAAACAAGGGCGGUGUUUGUCAUUUUGACAUGUUCUAGCUGAGGUACAUGAAAGAGUAUUCAGUGUGUGUCGUCUGCACGGAAUCAGUAUGGAGAAUUCUAAGAGGAUACGCAAACUCCAAGCUCAACCAGGAGAAAUGACGUUUGGGAAAUUGAUGACAAGCCCAAUUAAAGCUGAAAACAGCGGCGAAAAGUUUGUGAACCCUGAGCAGCCCGGCUAUGUGGGAUUUGCAAAUCUUCCAAACCAAGUUCACAGAAAGUCGGUGAAGAAAGGGUUCGAGUUCACACUUAUGGUGGUUGGGGAGUCUGGUUUAGGGAAGUCCACACUAGUCAACAGCUUGUUCCUGACAGACUUGUACCCAGAAAGACACAUACCCUCCGCAGCAGAAAAAGUCCCGCAAACUGUAAAAAUCGAUGCUUCGACAGUGGAAAUCGAGGAACGGGGUGUGAAGCUGAGGUUGACUGUUGUGGAUACGCCAGGAUUUGGAGACUCCUUAAACUCACAAGACUGCUUCCGACCAAUCAUCCAGUAUGUUGACGACCAGUUUGAGAGGUAUCUACAAGACGAGAGUGGGCUGAACAGAAGGCACAUCGUCGACAACCGCGUCCACUCCUGCUUCUACUUCAUCAACCCUUCAGGACAUGGAUUGAAACCUCUCGACAUAUCUUUUAUGCGGGCACUCCAUCACAAGGUCAACAUCGUCCCUGUAAUAGCUAAAGCUGACACGCUCACAAAACAGGAAGUGUUAACUCUCAAGCGACGGAUCUUGGACCAGAUAGAUGAGAAUGGGAUCAACAUCUACCCCCUGCCUGACUGUGACUCGGAUGAGGAUGAGGACUACAAGGAACAGUGUCGACAGCUCAAGCAAGCUGUUCCGUUCGCCGUUGUUGGUGCUAAUACAAUUAUCGAGGUUAAAGGUCGCAAGGUCAGGGGUCGCAUGUACCCCUGGGGAGUUGUGGAAGUGGAGAACCCGGAACACUGUGAUUUUAUUAAACUUAGGACCAUGCUCAUAACACAUAUGCAAGAUUUACAGGAAGUUACACAAGAAAUUCACUACGAGAACUUCCGAGCAGAAAGGUUAGCCACAGGUGGUGCACAGAAACGAGUCAACAAAUCACGCAGACCUGAAAGCCAAGAGAAAGACUUUUCUGACCGAGAGAAGCAGUUGUCUGAGAAGGAGGCGGAGAUCCGUCGCAUGCAGGAGAUGAUCCAGAAGAUGCAGAAGGAAAUGGAGUCGCAGAAGGGGGCGCCGCAGCAGAAUGGCGACGUCAAGUCCCACGACGUGUAACUGACGCUGGUUCUCAGGGCCAGCUUUUAUCUUACAUGAACAGUAAUACGAAGACCUGUGAUUGGUCAGAUCAUGCCGUCAUCCUCAUCACUGACCAAUCAAACUCUCUCAUCAACCAGUUGGCUAGUCAAGUCUCAAGUGUUACAUUUCAACACACAUUCUACAUGUUUCUCUAUCUGAACCAACUUUCAGUAUUUUCUUUUGUAGAAUUCCAUGAGUGUUGUUAAGUGCAAUUAUUAACAAACUGUAUGUCAUUCUAAUGCCGUACGAACAUACGCAGCGUCGUCACAAACAUGUUCAUAUUUGCAUGUAUGUCGGCAUGUGAACAAUGUGCUGAAUAAUAUCCAUGUGUUGACGGCUGAUGAGCUUGUGCUUAUUUACAUAUCUUCCAACAACAAAAAUAGAAAUCCAAACUGAAAUACUAGUUUGAAUUUCCGUUACUGAAUCACGAAUAGUGAACUAUUUAAAACCUGAAUGUACAUAUCGACUUGUCAGGGAAACAUGACUAGCAAGUAAAUCAAUGCACAAACUUGGAUCCAUUACUAUGUAAUUAUCAACAAAUCCUAUAAUACUAAAAAGGGACCUAGCAAUUAUUUUUUUUAUAACUGACGCGUCUAAAAACCCAUUUGGGAAUAAAAUAUAUCACAAACUGUUUUCAUGUUUGUCCUGACACAAGAUAUUAAAUUCAUCAAAACAGCAUUUAAAUAAUUGUUCAGGAUCGUGGCCAUCAUGACAUUGAAUUAUAUAUUAUAUAUAUUGAAUACCUACCAUAUGUUUACACACAAGAGUUGGUCUAGAAAUGGGAGUUAUAUCAUUGUUACUUUUUCAAAUGUAAUGGAUCAAAAUUUGUUCCUUUUCAACCACUGAUAGUAUAUGCCAAAAGGAUGGAGAGAUGUGAAUGGUAUUCAUGAUGACAAGCAUCAGGCGUGGUGCACACCCCAUAUUGUAUUGCUCAUGACUGAAUAGCCUGUCAGUCUGGACUGGGUAAUAACCGCAUCAAUCUCAUUAAAAGUGGACAUCCCAUUAAGGGUCACGUCAGAACGACCUUUCAUCCGACCAAUCAAAGCGUCGCUUACCAGGUCAUGAAAGUGAGAGUCAGAAUGCGUUUUCUAAUCAUGCAACCCGGGGUAAUCCGAACGACAGUACGACUGAUUCCGUCAAAAUUAUCGUCUAUCUCUCGCUUCCGUGGGAUAGACACUUGAAUGGAGGAGGCGUUGCACAGUACGUGGAAAGCACUGCCAUACAAUCUCAACUACAUAUUAGACAUUCCGGAAUGUUCGUUUAUUCAGUUUUACCAAAAAUUAAUCAAGAACUGUGUCAACAUAUUUUUCAAGUGUAGUCUGAAAUGGAAAUUGCCAGGUUGAAACGAGCGCCGUAAGGUCGUGAAAGCUGCUUUUUAAUUGGCUGAUGUCAACUUCUUGAUAGUCGUUUCAGUUGUCGGUCAAAGUUCAUGAAAGGUCGUUCUGAUGUGACCCGUAAUGGGAUGUCCUCAGAUCUUUGUUUAGCGGUAGCGAGAACUUAGAUAUGAUUUUAAUGAGAUUGUAACCGCAUGCACAUCCAACAGUCUUCCUGGCUUUGAUGGCUUUAAUUCAUAAUUCUGGGAUAUGAAUUUCAAAAGCUAAAUUAUCUUGUGUGCAAGACUUCAUACCAGAAUGUUUAAUCUGUGUAUCAAAAUUGAUUUCAAUAACUACGUUCACAAGUAUAUGCAUGUAUUCUCAAUCAAAUAAUCUGAACAACUGUAGAAUAUUAAUUGUUUUCAUUGAUUAAUUUGUUUUCUACGUUUUACUUAGGUUUCCAAAUUCCCUAAAUGUUUUAAGUGUAGACACAUGCUGUUAAUUUGUUCUUGCUACAGUUUGUGAUAACUGUAAUUAUUAAUUUGAAUAUUUCAGAAAAUUGUGUAUCCUUGUGUAUAUAUUAAUGUUUUCUGCAAAUUUCAAUUAUUUUCUUUUUAUGCUUAUGUAAGCUGACACACAGUCCUCUUGUGAAACUGACCCUGUGGUCAAACUGUCAUUGUUCUUACACUGUUAAAUGUGAAUAAUCAGUUCCAUCACGGAAGCGGAACAUCUUUCAAAAACAUUCAUGAUUUUGUGGACCCAACGAAAUAUUUAAAGUGCCAAAAUAGGUACAUUCCAAAUGUUUGAACAUUUUAGCUUUUUUGAUCGCCGCCUGAAGUGUUUUCAUGUGCUAUGGUCAUCGUUUGAUAUUUUCAUGACAUCAAGUCUAGUGCUGUCAAUGGAGAGGUGCUUUUUGUGGCAUUAUUUUCUUUCACAGUAUUUGACCAAAGUGCAGUACACCAGUUUUUUUCUCUUUAAGCCAUUUUACCUGUUGUGAAUGUUUGCUCAUUAUGACUAUCAUCAGCCAUGAUUAUCAAAUGUCGUGACUCCAUUCUAGUUUGAUAUGCAGGCUUAGAACUAACUGAAAAGCUUUACUAGGCCAGGUAAGGAUAAAAUGCCCUUGUAAUAUUAAAACAAUGGGAAAAUUGGAAAUUUUGUACUAGCCCACAGGCAUUUGUACUAGCCCCGGGCUAGCAGGCUAGUGUUAAUUUCUAACCCUGAUAUGUAUCCUUGACCUCUUUGUAUUGGAAGUGAUGUUGCCGUCUCCAUUUCUCUUGGGUUGGGUCUCUGAGAAUGAAAAUCCAGUGCUUACUGAUCCAUUGACCAGGGUAGUAAUGUUAGCGCUUUGAUAGGAUGGCUAUUUAUAACAUUGUCACUCAAAACGGAGCUGUAUUGGCAAAUAGAUCCAGGAUAUUUAUCAUAAUAGAAUGAAGAUAUAUGUGGAUAAUCGAGUUCUGCCGUGGUCUAAAAUGUUGCAUUAUUUUCUCAUUAACAUGUAAGUGAAAGUGCUGUGCUAACAAGCUAUGUGAUCACCCUGAUUACCAUGGCUUGCUAUUUAUCCUCAUAUAUAGUCACCAUGUAUCACAACCUACAGUGGAUGUAGACUUAUGUAUUGUAGAUCAUCACACUGUUACCUCCAGCUAGGGGCUUUGUGUGACGGCUGUACAGACGCAUCUGGACACAAACUCAUCACAGAUAGUCAAUCAAAUUGGUGCUUUUGGAGAGAAGUGUGAGGCCCCAAAACAAGAGUAUUUCUCAUAUACGUAACGUAGACACAUGCCACUGCUCUUGAGUCGUGACGGUCCAUGGGGGGCAGCAUGAUGACAGUUGAGAAGUGAGUUCCACUCAUUCCGGACAUUGUGUCUUGUUUCAUGGAAGGUGGAAGACAAACUGAAAAAAAUCAAGAGGGACUAUGCUCCACAAGCUAGAUCUGUCAAUCUAAUGUAAUCACUACUUGAUGUCUGCGUUUAUUUGAGCUUUCAGAGACAUGGUGAGGGGCGGUCGGGUAGCCUAGUGGUUAAAGCGUUCGCUCGUCACGUUCGAUUCCCGACAUGGGUACAAUGUGUGAAGCCAAUUUCUGGUGUCCCCCGCCGUGACAUUGCUGGAAUAUUGCUAAAAGCGUGAAAACCAUACUCACUCACUCACUCAGACAUGGUGACAUCUUGAAUGUCUUGUAUCAGACUGUCCAGAGCAUACCUAGUCCCUUUGAAGUGUAAGGUUCCAGUGACUGUCUGGAGAUGCUGUGGAUGUUUCAUCAUAAUGUGGCUGAAUAAUGUAGGAUGGCCUAAAACAAUCUGUAUGUUGACCUUGUGCCAAUUACAUGAAGUGGUGGACCGCUAUAAUGACCAAGUUGAAGGGUUACCAAAUCUGCAUGAGUUCUGGUAAUAGGUUUACCCCUACAGAGUGACAUAGUUCACAAUUGUAUUGUAAUAGUAUGAAAACAAACUAAACACAUUAAUCAAAUCUCUCAUAAUGGCUCACUAGCUUCUGUGCUGGAUCAGGGUACACAGUGUAUGACAUUGUUACACACAGGACCAUGGAAUACACAAUGGUGUUUGUAUGAUUGUGAAGGGUCCAGGAAGGAGCCGGUGUUUGUGACGAUAUCUUGCCAGGAGUUCCGUCUCGUCUGGCGUGGAUGUUAUGUAUAUGUGCUAGUGUUCCCUCUGCAGCCUACGUGGAUAUAUUGUACCUGUUCACAACUAUAUCUGUGCUUGUUUUCACUAUUUUCCUCAAUUAGGUUUUGUUCAGAACUUUGUAAUGCAUUUUGAACAUUUUGUAUGCAUCUAUACAUUGUGAAUUAAAAUGACUCUUUUUUCAUA